AUGUCUACAACUUCUUUGAUUGCUUUGGCUUCACUUGCCGCCCCAAUUCUGGCAGCAUAUCAGACAAAGUGGAACUUCAACUCGACGAAUUUUUGGGAUGGUGCCAAUGUAGCACAGCCUGGUUUCCAGUUCAUCAACGCACCUGAUACUUCCUUCACCCAAGGCUUCGCGCAAUACGUGGGCAUAGAUGAGGCUCUUUCAUCAGGACUAGCAAAGUACAACAGCGGCAAGGUCCGCUUGGGUGUCGACUCCACGAAUAAAUACAGCACUUCCAGCACGGGACGCAAAAGUGUUAGGCUCCAGAGUUACGGCUAUUUCGACAACGGUCUGCUUGUGGCAGAUUUUGCUCAUGUGCCUGUCGCUGGAUGCGGAAUGUGGCCCGCCUUCUGGGUCUACCAGGGCGAGGACCAGGCUGCCUACUCGGAAAUUGACAUCCUCGAGAAUGUGAACGUUCACACAGCCAACACGCAUUCGUUUUACACUUCUGAACAGUGCACCGUCAACAUCCAGACAGGCAGCCUAGUGCCAGAAAAGUCCACCAACUGUCACUGGACCGCCAACGGCCCAUCCUCUCAAGGCUGCAGUUUCAACGCACCGGAGGGCACAUUUAACCAACCCUUCAACGACCAGUACAAGGUCAUCGCGCUGCAAGUCGAAAGCGACCGCAUCAGGAUCUGGCACUUCAAGAAGACUGAGGUUCCCGCCGACCUGAGCUCCGCGAGCCCGAACCCAGAUGCAUGGACCAAAACACCUACUGUGCACAUCACGCCUAAGAGCUGCAAUUUCGCCCAGGCCUUCAGGCAUUUCCGCAUUAUCAUCAACAUCACCUUCUGCGGGAGCUGGGCGGGUGAUGACUUUGUCAACACGAACUACGCUGGCCAAUGCAAGGCACAGACCGGCUCUACCGACUGCAAGUCCUGGGUUGCUAAUAACCCGGGCGACUUCGUAGACACAUUCUUUGAGUUCAACUCCGUCAAGUUGUUUCAAAGAACAUAG